AUGAUCCGUGACCAAAUCGAGAAUGAAUGGAAACCGGCGGCUAAGGAUGAAGAAGACGACGUCAACGAGUUGUUCACUUCCUGGCCGGUUGUUUUCCCCGUGGAGGCGGCGGCGGCGGCUUCGUCAGGAUUGAUGAUGAGGAGAGCAAUAAAGCUGAUCCUCAGUGAGUUGUUCAAUCUCGUCCCUCAUGUCCGAAUCAACUUCCGAGUAGAUUACAUUCUCCGAAAGAUAGUUGGCGGCCGAAUUGUUGAGGAGACGGUUUGUUCGACCCAUAGAUGCUUCUACAUACGCUUGUUUCUCAUCACGCAAUUCGAUUUCUACAUGCAUAUGAUCUGUGUUCCCGAUGAAGAUGAAUAUUGUCAGGUGAGGCAAGGGCUAGAGUAUGACAUUCAGCACCCGGAGACCUUUCUUUUCAAAUUCCUCAGCUGUCACGGAGUCAAUGACAAAGCUUUUAUUCAUAAAUUUGUGGACGACACCAAAGAUUUUGUCACCAAACUUAGAACCAAGGCAUUUGAUAUGAUUGGGUGGCGGGCCAUAAUGCCCGACCCAUCGCAUGUGGAGCUUGGGGAUAAGCUCAUUAAGCUUCUCUCCACUCCCCCGCCUUACAAAUUUCUGAUAGAAUUAGAAAAUGACAGGCACCAAAUGAAUUGCGGUACUUGUUCGGGCAAGCUUCGUUUUCAAGACUACAUAUUUUUCUUGCCGUGCUCUCAUGCCUAUCAUCAUUCCUGCAUAGCUCAUUGGGCGAAACGGAAAAUACAAUGUCAGGUGUGCCUCGAGUACGUGGAUUUUCGGAAUUUUCUUGAGUGUGCUGUCCUUCGGACUAGAGAUUCUGGCCUCAACUAG